GAGGGUAUUGUCAGGCCGCGAGGGAAACGGAGGGAGGCGCGAGCAGGAACCGGCGGGUUGAGGCCGCGCGCCGGGUGCCAGCGCGCCCCUCCCCCUGGGCUGAGGAGCCGCCGGGCCGCGAUGGCGCAGAAGAGGCGCACCAAGGGGCCCGGCCCCUCCCAGGGGGAAGAUCUGGCCGCGGACGAGGACUUCGCGCCGACCCAGAGCGCCAGCCAGGUGCAGCGGAGCCUGGAGAGACUCUCGCCGGCCCAGGUGGAUCAGAAGGUGAGCGAAUUGGUGCAGUACCUGCUGGUCAAGGAUCAGAAGAAAAUCCCCAUCAAACGGGCAGAUAUCCUGAAAAAUGUCAUCAAAGACUACAGAAGCGUCUAUUCUGAGAUCAUUAAGCGAGCUGGCAGGACCCUCCAGCAGGUUUUUGGGCUGCAGCUGGUGGAGAUAGACCCCAAGCAUCACAUCUACAUCCUGGUCAGCAACCUGCCGCGCCUGGAAGUGGAGAACCUGAAACAGGAUGAUUGCACAGCAAAGCUGGGCCUCCUCACCGUCAUCCUCAGCUUCCUCUUCAUGAAGGGCAAUGCUGCUAAAGAAUCUGCUGUGUGGGAGAUGUUGAGGAGACUGCGAGUUGACCCUGGAGUGAGACACGAGGUCUUUGGGGAUGUCAAGAAGUUGGUGACUGAGGAAUUUGUCCGCCAAAAGUACCUGGAAUACAACCGCAUACCCCACACAGAUCCCCCUGAGUUUGAGUUCCAGUGGGGGGCACGGGCUGCCAAGGAGACCUCCAAGAUGCAGAUCCUGCGCUUUGUCGCCAAGAUCCAAAACAAGGACCCCAGGGCCUGGAGCACCCAGUACACUGAGGCGGCAGCUGAGGAGGCAGCCGGGGGGGACCUGUUCCAAGACAUUAGCACCCCUGGAGACACUGGUGGGGCCAGCCAGGGGGCACGGAGGAGGACCCGGUGAGCCUUAUCCACUUCACCCCCAGGUGGUCUGCCCCAUGAUGCCUUGUGAACCAGCAGACCUGCAAAGUAGGGGGAGCUGUGGCCUCUGCCCAUGCUGAGCCUGAUCCAGCACUCGAGGGUCCGCUGUGGCAGCUGAUCUCAGCCCACCUGAGACAUGGCCCAUGGACAAAUGGGUUGUAAAAUGCAGUUUGAUUGUUGUAUAUUGAUUAGUUCAGCUGAAGAAGCCCCUUCUCACCUUUUUGGAGGGGGGCAUGGGCAGCUUGUGUGAACCCCUCCCUCCUGAGUUGCCAUGGAGUGGGUUUCCUCUGCACGCAGGGGCUGGGGCAGAGCUGGGCACUGACAUGACCUCUGAUCCCUGUGAUUCACCCAGGACGGUUCAAAUAAAGUGGAGUAUGUGAUUCUCUGCAGUGGGAUUUUAACUACAGUUUCUGGAGGCCAGGCGCACACUAAGCUCUUGCCUGCUGCCUGUGUGAGAGGGGGUUUGUUUGUAGGAGGGAGCCUAGAUGAGCGUCUCCGGGAAGAUGCUCCAGGCACAAGGCCAGGCUGUUGAGCAGCUCCUUCUGCGAGGGUUGGAGUGCAGCAAGCAGCUUGCCGUAGCAGCCCCUGAACAGCGCUGGUGCUAGUGGCAGGUGAUGGUCAUGGGUAUGUUACCUGAGCCAGGGCUGUGUCUGCAGCUGCUGCAUUCCUCCCUGCCUGCAGUGCCCCGCAGUGGCAAUCACGUAGCCUUGCUGUAUAGUUACGCGGGAGGGCAGGCCCCCCCAUACGCCCCGGUCAUUGGGUGAUCAGCUCAGGCAGCGCUGUGCAUGCUCAGGAUGACUCCCCCCUUGCCAAGUGAUCGGCUCAGGCAGUCUGCAGACCUUGGCAGCGUCACUUGUGCUCAGGGCAGCUCCCCCCUCACUGAGCGAUCGGCUCAGGCUUGCUGCGGGCUGCAAACUGAAAGGCAAGCUCAUGCGGCAAUCUGUGACCUUAGGAGCCUGGGGCCUCGGGCCCUGGCUCCUAUCUAGCCCUGCAGUCCCUGUGAGGAGAACAGCACUGAUCCCACAGCCAUGGUGAAGGAGAGAGCCUGCUUUAAAGGGCACAGAUGGGCACCACACACGCUUCUUUGAGCUCCUGUGUCACAUUGACAUUCUGCACCAAGACCCCGGAGGUAUGGGGUUACACCCACCUUGUUGGCCGGAGCUGUGCCCAAUCCCAUGGCUUUGAGAGGGAGUGUGUCCCUCUUGUGCCUCAGUUUCCCCUCCCCACCUCCUAGUCUAUUUAGACCAUGUUUUCUAGUGUAGGGGCUGUCUUUCAUUAGGGCUCUGACACCCAGCAUGCCAGGAGUCCUGAUCUCAGGCAUGGGGUGUCUGAGGGGCCCUUGAUCUCAGGUGGCGUGUCAGGUGCACCCCUAGUUUAUAAUCUAGGGCCUCCAGGGAUGAUGAUGGGGGUAGCACAGGUGCCAUGCAAGGGUUUGUGGCAGUGCAGUGGGAGGGAGUGUAGUGAGAGUGUUUAGCCCCUGGCAGGAAGGAGCAUAGCCUGGAUUGAGGGGGGCAAAACUGCUGUACCCGGACCCCAAGCUGUGAGGAACGUGCCAGGCCAAGAUCUAAGUGGGGCCAUUUGCUGGACUCCUGGAUAGGCGGGGGUAGGUCCGGUAGCAAGAUCGUUUGAAAGACACAGAACCAUCAUUGAACUGGGAGGAUUGGCUGGAAGUUUGGGGGUAAGAGAGACCUUUUGUCUUUCAAAUCCUAUUUAGCUUGGUAACACUUCGGUAACCAAUUCACUUGUGAUUUAUAAUCACUUAACAGAUAUUGUUCUCUAGUUAAUAAACUUGUUUUAGUGGGUUCAUUAAA